AUGAAGUACUUUAAUACACACAAUUUCAAUGGCAUCCGUUGCACUGCAGUGCAGCCCACCACUGUUAAGGGCCUUGAUGGGAGUUCACUUGCUGGAAUUAAGCUCAAUGUCAAGCCAUCUUGCCUAAGCUUCAAGCCCACAAACUACAGGGCUGGAGCAGUGGUGGCAAAAUAUGGAGACAAGAGUGUGUACUUUGAUCUAGAGGAUUUGGGCAACACCACUGGCCAAUGGGAGUUGUACGGAUCUGAUGCACCUUCACCAUACAACCCUCUCCAGAGCAAAUUCUUCGAGAUAUUUGCAGCUCCACUCACCAAGAGAGGUCUACUUCUCAGGUUCUUGAUAUUGGGAGGUGGCUCCGCCCUUGCUUACUUUAGCUCCACCGCAACAGCGGACAUUUUACCAAUUGUCAAGGGCCCACAACUUCCACCCAAGCCUGGGCCUCGUGGCAAAAUCUAAUUCCCUCGGAAGUUGGAAUCUUCAAUUAUUUGCCCUUUUGAUUGGGUUUGGUGUGUCAUUUUUGCCUGUUAAUUAUUGCCAAAUUGUCGAUUGUGUAAUUAUUUGAGCAGGGUGUUUGGCUUAGCUUAUAUAAUAGUUAAAAGAUUAAAGAUAUA